AUGUUUAAUAACAAUGGAUAUGGUUAUUCAUUUCGUUGGCAUGGAUUUGUACUUGGUUGUUUAAUAAUUUUAUUUUCUGCAGCUUUAUUAUCAUCAGAACUUGGACGUAUUUAUACAGGCUCGAUUAAUCGUGGACGAAACGAUUCUAAUGUAACAUAUCAAUAUUUAAUAGAUGCUAAUGUAGUCAUUGAUUUUAAUGGAGAUAUUCGAAAUCCUAAAUCGGAAAAUCGAUGGAUUUGGCCAUGGUCAACAGCUACAUUGUUAUUUAGUCUUGUAAUAUUGCUAACUGGUGCAUUAGGUAUUACAAGUGGUGUUAGACAGAGUUACUCAACGAUACUAACCUUUUUUGUUGGUUUAUUGGUAUCGAUAUUUUUAUUGAUAUUUGUAAUAGCAACCUAUGGAACAAUAAUUGCUGGUUGGAAAGGAAUUGAUAACAGUAAUGGUGGUUUUGUAUCAAGUUUUGAACGUAAUGAUAAAAGUUUUGCAAGUGCUUGUUUAGCAAUUUCAUGUGUAUUAUUUAUUAUUUUAUUAAUAAGUCUUGUACUAUCCGGUAGAACUAUUCAUAUAUGUAAACAAAAAGAUUAUCCAAGACCAAAUACACCAGGCUAUACACCUAUAUCGGCACCGAAUACACCUGGAGCUUUUCGAAGAACACCACAAAUGCCACGUACGCCUCGUUUUUAG